GCUAUUCCAAAGGUUUUACUCAAACAUGGAUAUCAGACCAAAUCACACGAUUUAUAUCAACAAUAUGAAUGAUAAAAUUAAAAAAGAAGAAUUGAAGAGAUCCCUGUAUGCCCUGUUUUCUCAGUUUGGACACGUGGUAGAUAUUGUGGCUUUAAAGACCAUGAAGAUGAGGGGGCAGGCUUUCGUUAUAUUUAAGGAACUGGGUUCAUCCACAAAUGCUUUGAGGCAGUUACAAGGAUUUCCAUUUUAUGGUAAACCAAUGAGAAUUCAGUAUGCAAAAACAGAUUCCGAUAUAAUAUCUAAAAUGCGUGGCACUUUUGCUGACAAGGAAAAGAAAAAGGAAAAGAAGAAAGCUAAAACCAUGGAACAGGCUGCAGCAGCUGCAAACAAGAAGCCUGGGCAGGGAACACCAAAUUCGGCUAAUACUCAAGGAAACGCAGCACCAAAUCCUCAGGUCCCUGAUUAUCCUCCAAACUACAUCCUAUUCCUUAAUAAUUUACCAGAAGAGACGAAUGAGAUGAUGUUAUCCAUGCUGUUCAAUCAGUUCCCUGGUUUCAAGGAAGUUCGCUUGGUACCUGGGAGGCAUGACAUUGCAUUUGUAGAAUUUGAAAAUGAUGGGCAGGCCGGAGCUGCCAGAGAUGCUUUACAAGGGUUUAAGAUCACACCAUCCCAUGCUAUGAAGAUUACCUAUGCCAAGAAAUAACAUUUGGAUUAGGCAGUUUGAAAGGACUUGGUAUUAUUUAUAGUGUUUGUUUUGAUAACAUUUGGUCAAGUCAUUUUAAUGGUUGGAAAUGAAAGUGAAGUUUGGGAGAAAAAGGCACCUAAUAUUUUUUUUAGUUUUGGUGAACUGUGUGAAAUCUGAAGCCUUAAUUUUGUACAAUAAACUUUUAUUUGUAUUUUGUGUACUGGA